AUGUGCUCAAGGCAAGUCUCCAUUGUGCGCUUUAGGGCCCAAGAGCUCAUCGGCGUCGGCCAGCAGCAGGCCGCGCUGGCCCUCCUGCACGAGCAUGUCGUCUCCAAGCGCACCCGCAACAACCCUAUCGCCUCCCUCGAGCCGAUGAUGAUACAGUUUGUCGAGUUGGCUGUGGAGCUUAGGAAGGGCAAGACCGCCAAGGACGGCCUGUACCAGUACAAGAACACCGCCCAGAACACGAACAUCGGCACCAUCGAGCUGGUUUUCAAGAAGUUCAUUGAGCUCGCCGAGAAGAAGGUCACCGAGGCCCAGACCAAGGCCGAUGAGGUCCAGUCUACCAUCGACAGUGCCGCUGGCCAGAACAUUGAGGACCUCGAGGCCUCCGAGACCCCCGAGUCCAUCCUGCUCUCCACCGUCUCCGGUGAGCAGUCCAAGGACCGCACCGACAGGGCUAUUGUCACGCCUUGGCUGAAGUUCCUGUGGGAGACUUACCGUACGGUUCUGGACAUCUUCAAGAACAAUGCCCGCCUCGAGGUCAUGUACCAGCAGACGGCCCACCAGGCUUUCCAGUUCUGCUCCAAGUAUGCCAGGAAGACCGAGUUCAGGAGGCUCUGCGAGCUUCUGAGGAACCACCUCCAGAGCGCUGCCAAGUUUUCCUCGCAGAUGCACGCCAUCAACCUCAGCGACCCGGACACCCUUCAGCGCCACCUCGACACCCGCUUCCAGCAGCUCAACGUCGCUGUCGAGCUGGAGCUCUGGCAGGAGGCUUUCCGCAGUGUUGAGGACAUCCACACUCUUCUUAGCCUGAGCAAGCGUCCCGCUAAGAACGUCAUGAUGGCCAACUACUUCGAGAAGCUCACCAGGAUCUUCCUCGUCAGCGAAAACUACCUCUUCCACGCUGCCGCCUGGAGCCGUUACUACAACCUCAUGCGCGUUUCCGCUGCGGCUGUUGCUUCUGGCCAAAGCCCGAAGAAGGACAACCCGGCCGUCACUGAGGCUGACAUGACCAAGGCUGCUUCCUUUGUGCUGCUGUCUGCGCUCUCCAUUCCCGUCAUCAGCACUUCUCGCUCUCGUGGUGCUCUUGUUGACGUUGAUGAGGCUAAGAAGAACAAGAACUCUCGUCUUACUAACCUCCUUGGCAUGUCCACCGCCCCCACCCGUGCUACUCUGUUCAAGGAUGCUUUGAACAAGGGUCUGCUCAGGAGGGCCAGACCCGAGAUCAAGGACCUUUACAACAUCCUCGAGGUCGACUUCCACCCGCUCUCGAUUUGCCAGAAGAUCUCCCCCAUCCUCGCCCAGAUCGGUGCCGAUCCCGAAAUGCAGAAGUACGUUGUGCCUCUUCAGCAGGUCAUCCUCACCCGUCUGUUCCAGCAGCUUUCCCAGGUCUACGAGUCUGUUGAUCUCAAGUUCGUCCUGAACCUCGCCCAAUUCCCUGAGCCCUUCCAGGUCAGCGCCGACACCAUUGAGAAGUUCAUCAUGAACGGCUGCAAGAAGGGUGACCUCGCUAUCCGCAUCGACCACGCUUCCGGUGUCCUCACGUUCGACUCGGAUGUUUUCUCCUCCGCCAAGGCUCUCCACCCCGGCUCCGCUGCUGGUUCGGCUGAAACCGAGACUGGCUCGGUCCAGCGUCUCCAGAGCACUCCCGCAGAGAUCGUCCGCUCCCAGCUCACCCGCCUGGCCAAGUCGCUGUACAUCACUUGCCAGUAUGUCGAUCCGAGCUUCAACGAGGAACGCCAGAAGGCCAAGGAGGCGGCCCAGGCUAGGGCAGCAGCUGGUGCAGAGCAGGAACACCAGGAGGCUCUUGCCAGAAGGGAGAUCAUCGAGCGCAAGAAGCAGACCGCGGCCAGUGCGCUUGCUCAGAAGGAGAAGGACGAGGCUACCAAGCGUAGGAUCGCUCAACAGCAGGCCGCUGCUGCCGAGGCCCAGAGGCUGGCUGAGGAGAAGAAGGCCCGUGAUAUGGCCCGUCUCAAGGCUGAACAGGAGCGUAUCAAGCGCGAGGAGAUUGAGAAGCAGCUGAACGAGCUGAAGAGCGGCGUCAAGGGCGUUGAUCUGGAUCUUGACAAUGUCAACAUUGACGAGCUCGACUCCGGCCGUAUCCGUGCCAUGAAGCUUGCCGCUCUUGAGAAGGAGAAGAACGAGAUCGGCGAGAAGCUGCGCAUCACCGGUAAGCGCAUCGACCAUCUUGAACGUGCUUACCGCCGCGAGGAGGUCAAGCACCUUGCCGAGGACUACGAGGAACAGCGCAAGAAGGAUCUUGCUGCCUACGAGAAGGCGAAGGCGGACACUCUCAGGGAGAGCAAGGAGAAGCACGACGAGGAAGUCUCCCUGAAGCACCGCCUGAGCCGUCUUGUACCCGUCUACGAGAAGUACCGCAACCAGAUCCAGGAGCAGAGGAAGGCCGAGUUCGACAAGCGCAGGAAGGCCGCCGAGAGAGAUCUCAACCAGAAGAUGCAGGCCCGCAUUAAGGAAGUCCGCGAGCGCAAGGCCAGGGAGCGUCGCGAGAGGGAAGAAGAGGAGAGGAGGCGUCGCGAGGAGGAAGAACGGAGAGCAGAAGAGGAGGAGGCCAGGCAGAGGGAGGAGGAGGAGAGGAGACAGAGGAUGAUGGAGCAGAAGCUUGCGCGGGAAGAGGAGCGCAAGAAACUCGACGAAGCUGCCGCAAAGCAGCGCGCCCGCGAGGCCGAGGCCGAGGCCAAGCUGGAAGCCAAGAGGCAAGGCCGCUGGGUUCCUCCUGCCGCCGAAGAGCGCCCAAGCCCAAGUGCAAGCAACGAUGGUCCGCCGCGCCUCGCCCUCUCCGGCAACAAGCCGUCGUGGCGUGAGCGCGAGGCCGCAAAGGCCUCUUCCGGCGGCGCUCCUGCUGCGGAAGCUCCUGCUGCCGAGGCCGAGCAGCCCAGGCGCAGUGGCUAUGUUCCCCCUGCUCUCCGUGGCGAAGGUGGUGGCUCCUCCUGGCGCGAGCGCGAGGGCAGCGGAUCCCGUGGCCGUGAGGGUCUGUCUAGGGGAGACUCCGGCUCGCCUGCCGGUUCCUCGGGCCGCUGGCAGCCGCCGCAAGCCCGCGGCUCGCCCGCGUCGGGCAGCCCGGCGCCCGCGUCUGGCAGUGGCUACCGCCCGCCGCACCUUCGUGGCGAGCCCAGGGAUCGCGACUCUUCCGAUGCCCCCCCUCGUCCUGCCGGUGGCGCGUCUGACGGCAAGUACAGGCCCGGCGCUUUCUCUGCUCGCAGGGGUUAG